CUGUGCUCAGCUCCUCCAAGACACCUGCCUUCACACUUCGCAUUUUCAUAUCAGUUGUAGCAUCUUUGUUGCGCACAAACUCAAAUCAACUAUUCAUCAUGUCAACCGGAGUAACAGCAUCAGAUGAGGUCGCCACGACCUUUCAAGAUUUCAAGCUAGGCAAAGGCGAAAAGCUUCGAUUCUACAUCUACAAGAUUGAAGACCAGAAAACGAUUGUCAUUGAGAAAAAGGGGGAACGGUCCAAGACAUACGAGGACUUUUGCGGUGAGCUCCCAGAAUCGGAACCCCGCUACGGACUCGUCGAUGUAGAGUUCAAAACAACGGAUGGACGCGACACAUCCAAGCUGGUGCUAAUCACCUGGAACCCCGACAAUGCCAAAAUCAAGCCGAAGAUGCUUUACAGUGGGUCCAAAGAGGCCGUCAAGACUGCUCUCAAUGGCGUAGGAAUCCACAUCAAUGCCACUGACCACUCAGAACUUGACUUUGAAUCCUCCAUCUUGCCUGUCUGCCAGAAGUUUUCUUAGAUUAUGGAUGGAUGGAUUCAUUCAGUGGACUGUAUUGUAUCUGCGAGGUUUCUUACUUAUAUCCGACAUGAAAAACAACGUUUCCUUUCUUGGAAAAUAUUAUGGAAGAGCUGUAUGAGACCAUCAUAGACCGUGGUAGUAUUUUUCUUUCUCUCUGUUCCUCUCUAUUGUCAUCUAUUUCUUUGUGAUUAUUUUGUCGAUCCAACAAGCAUAUCAUUAGUCGGAAGUAGUCAGGACAAGGCAAGAAAAAUGGCUUCUCUCGGUUCGGUGGUCCUGCCGAGUCUGCUUUAGGUCGUAGUUGGAAAGAUUGUUCAUUGUAGUAGAGCCUCGUCUUGUCUCAAAUAAUAUACUGAGUUUCGUCCACUGUAGAAGUGGGAGGCCACUGUCGUUGCGUUUGGCAUUAGUCAAAGUUCACUUACUUUCUGCUCUGGGCCAGAUCAUCCCGCCCCCAAUAUCCAUUCGUUUUUCCUACCGCUGGCCAGGUUUGUAUCCGAGCAACAAUGAAACAUUCCGAGUCGACUGCCUAGCUAGCUAGCUAGUAGUGGUGGAGUUAAUUUUGGUUGCCUGUGCUGGAGGCGGUCCAGGGUAGUAGACUAUGGUAUGAGCAGACAAGCGAGGUCUUCGUUCAUAGGGUUGGUUGGCUGGGAACCAUGGCCGGCAUCAGAAUCAAAUCGAACUGAGUGUUCUCGGUCAAGGCGAAAAAUGGCGGUGAGAAAAUUAAAUGUAAUCAAUAUAGCUACCGUACCGGUACCAGUAUUUAUAUGUCGGCCUAGCAGCAGUUAUCAUAGUAGCAGUAGGACACUGGUUGCGCUGGUGCUGAUGGAAUGGAGGGUACACUUGGGGUCCUUGGGUAGAUGCCCCGCAGGCCUGACACAGAUAGAUGCAUCCGGUAGGUCUUUGCCAACCUAGCCCGUGACAGUGUCUCCGGGCUGCGGUGGCUGCGGCAAUGCAAAUUCUAGAGGGCGGCAACUUGCCACUGCAUUCCUCAGCGGUACGGUACUCUGAAGGUUGCUUCUAUUUU